UGCGUGGUACCGAUCGGGUUUCCGGUACCACGCAUGCGUAGUGACAGGUACAGGUACAGUCCAGACCGACAGACCCCUUUAUUGACAUCAUCAGUCUACUCAACAGGUCAGAAGGCAACAGUCUAUCACCGCGACAGGAACUAGCCACUAGCAGAGAUGUCCGCUGAAGCUAUCAACCUAAAUCAUAUGGAUUUACAAGAGAGUCGCAAGAAUCCACUGGACGAAUUAAGGUCUGUAGAAACUGAAAAACAGAUUUUUUUCAAUGAUAAGCAGGAUUUUUUUAAAGUUCUGAAAAAAUUUAACGACUACAAGGAUGAGCUUAAAAUCAUUUUCCAGAGAGAGAAAGAUGAUUUGGAAGACGAAAAUCAACGUCUAGAAGAAAAGAAACGGAGGCUUGAGCAGGAAAGCAAAGAUUUGGACACAGCUAAGACAGAAAUUCAAAAAGAAUGGAAGCAGAUUGAAGAAGUUAAAACAUCAAAUCAGGAAUUUCUAGAAGAUUUGAUUACGAAAAAAUCUAAAACGGAAAAGCUUUGGAAAUCGCUGCAAGACAGCAAAGCAAACGCGAUUGAAGAAAUAAACCAGAUGAAAAGAGAUCUGGAGAAAGAGAAAUUCGAUUUUGAUGAAUCAAAGAAAUUAUCAGAAAACAAACUUGAAGAACUGAGACAAGCUUUGCAGGCUGAGAGAGACGAGUUCGAACAGCAGAAGUCUAGCUCAGAGCUGGAGACUGAAAAUGCUCGACAGAUUCUGCAAGAAGAGAAAGAAAAUCUACAACUUAUUUGGCAAACUCUGGAGGAAGAGAAGAUGGAUUUUAAAAAUAAGCUUCAAAUAGAAAAGCUAAAGUUAACUGAAAGUCAAAAUAAUUUACAGAAAGGCUUUCAAGAUGUAAUUCUCCAGACAAAAGCCCUGCAGGAAGAUCAGUUGAACUUUGACAAAGCAAAGGCUGAGACAGAAAAGGAGCAUGAAGAAAUAUACAGCAUUCUCAAGGAAGGCUACACAUCGUUAGACUUGGAGAAACAAAGCCUGGAGCGGCAGAAACUCAAAUUUGUGGAAGUUCAGAACAAAUUGGAUCAGAAUAAUAAGGAACUCCUGCAAAAAGAGAGAGAACGGAUGAAUCAGGAGCUGCGAGAGGAAAAUAUUCACUUUCUUGAACUGAUAAAAGCAGAAAGACUUCGUCUAAAAACCGGUCAGAACAAUUUGCAGGAGGGAUUAGAAGAUCUGAUUCUCAACAGGAAAAAAUUUCAGAAGGAAAUGAUUCAUUUUGAAACACAGAAGACAGAAUCUGAAAAGGAGAAUGCAGAAAUAUACAGUCGUCUCCAAGAGGGGUUAGACAUUUUACAUGUCGAGAAGGAAAGUCUGAUGCAACAGAUGGCAGAAUUUGAGGAAAAAGAGAAAGAAUCAAAUCAGCUUCAUCUGGAAGUUUAUCAGACUCUCCAGGAUGAAAGGGAACAUUUAGAGCUGAUGAAACAGAGUCUGCAGGAUGAAAAGAAUCAGUUUGUGGAACUGAUUGCAACAGAAAAACUUAGUUUACAUGAGAAACAAAUGGUUUUGAAGAAGGGAUUAGAAGAUCUGAUUCUUGAUAGGAAGAGUCUGAGUGAAGAUAUGAUUCACUUUCAGCAGAAAAAGGAAGAUUCACCUCAUGAAAUGAAUUCAGUCCUUCAGACUCUGAAAGACGAGAGAGAAAGCUUAGAGCUGAUGAGGCAGGCUCUGGAACAGGAAACAGAGUUUGAAGAAGCAAAUCAAAAAGAAACCUCCAACAUAAAUAAUACUGAAACAGCUGCGGAGGACGAGGUGGAAAGUCCUCCUGCUCAGACUGAAUUUCUGCAGGAACGAAUGAUGAGUUUUGAACUUCCCCAGACUAAAUCUGAAGAGGAGAUAAGUGAAAUGUACAAUUAUCUCCAACAUGGGCUUAUAUAUUUAGACGCUGGACUAGAAAGUCUGGAAAAUCAGAGGAAUACAUUUGAGGAGAUGGAGAAAGAGUCUUAUCAGACUUUACGAGACAUCCAGCGGGGUCUCCAGGAGGAGAGAGAUAGUUUAGAAAUGAAGAAACACAGCCUGGAGGAAGAAAAAUUGGAGUUGGAAAAAAUGAUUGCAACAGAAAAACUUAGUUUACAUGAGAGACAAAAAGAUCUGGAGAAGGGAUUAGAAGAUCUGAUUCUUGAUAGGAAAAUGUUUCAGAAGGAAAUGAUUCACUUUGAAACACAGAAGACAGAAUCUGAAAAGGAGAAUGCAGAAAUAAACAGUCGUCUCCAAGAGGCAUUUGAGGAAAAAGGGGAAGAAUCAAAUCAGCUUGAUCUGGAAAUGUAGAGCUGACGAGGCAAGCUCUGGAACAGGAAAUAGAGUUUGAAGAAGCAAAGAAGAGUUUCAAGGAUCUGAAGGACCAACAGCAUUUGAUGAGAGAAAUGCGAGUAACUGAACCCAAACAAUGUGACAAAGAUGGGUUUUUUUGCGAGAAGGGACAGAAAAUCUUUUAUGACUCUUACUUUAGAUUUUCCUUAUAAUUUAGACUUCCUUAUAAUUUAGACUUACUUAUAAUUUAGAUUAAUAGUCCAAUCGUAUACUUAGGGGUUAGGGUUCAGAAGCUGACAUCAACGAGCUGAGAAACAAAAAUCUGACUUUUGUUGCAUUGUUUAGUGUUUAUGUCACGUCUUUAUUACCGACCCUUUCAUAGGAACACAGAUCUAGGAUGUAGA